CUCAUCUUCUCGCUCGCUCAUCUAGUGUCUGAUUUCACCUUACCCAGGCCUCACUUACACCACCAGUUGCUCUUACUCUCACUAACGCCCUCACUCUCUUGCAUACACCUGCCAUCUCAUCUCCUUCCGACACCUUGUAUAUGUCUCUUUCACCGCCGUCAACUCACAUCACCGAUUACUGUGAUACAAUCUUAUCAUCUUUCGGAUUUCCGUAACAUCUGGCACCGUAGUAAUGGCAGAACUGAGCGAGGCUGAGGCUCUGGCCACCCCCGAGUUUUGGAAUCAGCGUUAUACCAAGUCGGAUGGCUCACAUCCGACCCACGAAUGGUUCCGCACAUUCGAAGCCCUCGAGCCGUUCUUUGAAAAGCAUCUCUUUUCCCAGUGUCGCCCUGAUACCUCCCCGCGUAUUAUGCACCUCGGAUCCGGGGAUAGUACCAUCCCCGCCGACCUUUCGGCACGCGGUUACAAGAACCAACUCUGCCUAGACUUUUCCACUGUCGUCGUCGACCUCAUGAGACAACGAAACGCUGACUUGGCCGGCAUCGAGUGGCAAUGGGCCGACGUCCGCGACAUGCCCGAUGCCGCGCCGACUGCGUCUGUCGACAUCGCUUUUGAUAAGGGCACCCUCGACGCCAUGAUCCAUGGGAGUCCGUGGUCGCCUCCAGUCGACGUUCGUGAGAACACGGCCAAGUACCUCGGCGAGGUCCACCGCGCCCUCAAGGACGACGGGGUGUUUCUAUACAUCACUUACAGACAGCCUCACUUCAUGCGGCCGCUGUUAAAUGCCGAUAAUCUUUGGGACAUGGACAUGGAUGUCCUCUCUGGCGGGGAGAGUGCGUUUGAUUACUAUGGGUUCAUACUGAGGAAGAAUGAGAAGAAGCAAAACGGCAUAUAGGUAGGUCUUUGGAAAAGACGGGAAGCAUGAUCUUCGUGUGCGGCGGUUCAAGCGAUAGGUCAAACAUAUAUGCUCACUUCUUUCCAUUAGCUUGAUACUUGAGCCAAGACCUCUACCAAACCAGAUACCCC